GAGUUACACGGCUACAAAGUCACCUAAGCUAAAGAUGAGUAAAAUAAUUAUACUAGUACUCGUCGCUGCUCUCUGCUACCAUUUGGUAGGGAGCAUGCCGUCUAGUGGUUCUAACCCAUCGAGUACGCAAUCAAGUUCUGAAGCAAGUAGUCAAGCUAAAUCAUCAACAAAAUCUGGAAGCUCUGGGUCAGAAUCGAAGGCAAAAUCUGAAUCAUCCGCAAAAUCUGGAAACCAUGGGUCAGAAUCGGAGGCAAAAUCUGAAUCAAUGGCAAAAUCUGGAAGCUCUGGGUCAGAAUCGAAGGCAAAAUCUGAAUCAUCCGCAAAAUCUGGAAACCAUGGGUCAGAAUCGGAGGCAAAAUCUGAAUCAAUGGCAAAAUCUGGAAGCUCUGGGUCAGAAUCGAAGACAGAAUCUGAAUCUCAGUCAAAGUCCCAGUCAUCAACGGGGCCUGUAAAUGGCGAAGGGUGUGAUGAUGAAACGGGCAAAGGCGGUGAGACAAAAAGUGGAAAGGAUAACACUGGAUCAGGAAAGUCAAGUACACCUGGGGAUACUGGAUCAGGAAAGUCAAGUACACCUGAGGAUACUGGAUCAGGAAAGUCAAGUACACCUGGGGAUACUGGAUCAGGAAAGUCAAGUACAACUGAGGAUACUGGAUCAGGAAAGUCAAGUACAUCUGGGGAUACUGGAUCAGGAAAGUCAAGUACAUCUGGUGAUACUGGAUCAGGAAAGUCAAGUACAUCUGGGGAUACUGGAUCAGGAAAGUCAAGUACAACUGAGGAUACUGGAUCAGGAAAGUCAAGUACAUCUGGGGAUACUGGAUCAGGAAAGUCAAGUACAUCUGGUGAUACUGGAUCAGGAAAGUCAAGUACAUCUGGGGAUACUGGAUCAGGAAAGUCAAGUACAUCUGGGGAUACUGGAUCAGGAAAGUCAAGUACAUCUGGUGAUACUGGAUCAGGAAAGUCAAGUACAUCUGGGGAUACUGGAUCAGGAAAGUCAAGUACAUCUGGUGAUACUGGAUCAGGAAAGUCAAGUACAUCUGGGGAUACUGGAUCAGGAAAGUCAAGUACAUCUGGGGAUACUGGAUCAGGAAAGUCAAGUACAUCUGGUGAUACUGGAUCAGGAAAGUCAAGUACACCUGGGAAUACUGGAUCAGGAACGUCAACUUCACCUGGUGGCACUGGAACAGGUAAUUCAACUACACCGAGUGGGACUGGAACAGGUAGUUCAACUACACCGAGUGGCACUGGAACAGGUAAUUCAACUACAUCCAGUGGCACUGGAACAGGUACAUCGGGCAAUACAGGCGGUUCACCAUGCAAUGCUGAGAUCGAAGUUUGCAUUAAUACUACACCCAGUGGCACUGGAACUGGUAGUUCAACUACACCGAGUGGCACUGGAACAAGUAAUUCAACUACAUCCAGUGGCACUGGAACAGGUACAUCGGGCAAUACAGGCGGUUCACCAUGCAAUGCUGAGAUCGAAGUUUGCAUUAAUCUCUAAUGAUAGUGGAUUGAGUGAAGAACUCUCUCCGAUCAUACGAAUUAUUACGUCAGUCCACGUGUGAGUUGAAGUGAUGGAUACUAGCUAUUUUUCGAAUAAGUUGUUUCGAAUCCACGACUAUCUUCAUCUUUUGUUUAAUUCUCGUUCGGUUGUUUUGAUUUGUCUUAAUUCUAGACCUGUAUUAUAUCAGCAAGAGUUCAUUGCGUUCUCUUUUCUUCUGCCUAUAUUUGGAUCGGUAUAUUUUCAAAGUCACUACUUAUCGAGCUCAUUAUCACUACUUUUUUCUAUUAGUAUGACAUACUCAUUUCGUACAUAUGCGAAUUCAUCACUUCGUUUUGGACAAUAUUGGACUACGUGCUUCGUAAAACAGUCCGUCCUCGGGAUACGGGGAAUCAGCUCAUCCUUACGUUAUCGGAGAUUGCAAACUUCACUAAUCAAACUAGAGAAUUUUAGAUUUAAGCCGAUACAAUUAAUGUCAAAUUUCGAAUAUAAGCUUGCCACUGAUUGUGGAUGGAAAGGAAAACGUUGAGGUGAUGAUAAAGCAUCCUUCAAACUAAAUAUAAAAGUAGAUAAGACUUCAGCUGUAUUAUAUUGGGUAUCUGGAAAAUAACUUUCAUAUGCUAUUCUUUACAAACCCCGAGGUAAUUCAACACUUGAAAGAAUUGUCAAAUUAAUUGGGGAAUAAACACAAUAAAAAUCCGUAACACUAAUGAUCGCAUAUUGUAUGACUUAAGAAACUCUAGCUCAGGAACCUCGAGCGAAACAUAGUCUUAUAAAAAUCAGUAAUGAUAGGUGAAAUUACAAAAUAAAAACCGAAAAUGCUCGUGAUUUUAAUAAAAUAGACGACGUAAGAAAAGUGUUAUUAUACUGGAGGUUGUUCAACAAGUCUAAUGAUUAAAAGUUUAUUUUCAUAUGA